UCCUGACUAUUUCUCAAUCCCCAGGAGCCUAGUUCCUGUGGGCAGCACUUGACGUGCCUGAACCCUCUCUUUUCUGCAAUUCAAGGGAAAGACGAGAUCUUGCACAAGGUACCCUGUGUCUGCCCUCCGCCAGGGAAGGCAGGCAUGGAGCCUCUCUGGCUGCUCAUCCUGCUCGCCAUCACAGAGCUGUCCGGAGCCCACAACACGACGGUGUUCCAGGGCAUGGCAGGCCGGUCCCUGCAGGUCUCCUGCCCCUACAACUCUUUGAAGCACUGGGGAAGACGCAAAGCCUGGUGCCGCCAGCUGGAUGCAGGGGGCCCGUGCCAGCGGGUCGUUAGCACCCACCGCUCAUGGAUACUGGCCUUCCUAACAAGGCGGAACGGGAGCACAGCCAUCGUGGACGACGCCCUGGGUGGCACUCUCACCAUCACGCUGCGGAACCUUCAAGCCCAUGACGCUGGCCUCUACCAGUGCCAGAGUCUGUACGGGGAUGAGGCCGACACCCUCAGGAAGGUCCUGGUGGAGGUGCUGGCUGACCCCCUUGAUCACUUGGACCCUGGAGAGCUCUGGAUCCCCAAAGAGUCCAAAGGCUUCAAGGACAUCCAUGUGGAGCCCAGCAUCGCCAGGAGUCUCUCCAAAGAGGACAUGCCCUUCCCACCCACUUCCAUCCUUCUCCUCCUGGCCUGCAUCUUUCUCAGCAAGUUUCUAGCAGCCAGUGCCCUCUGGGCUGUGGCGUGGCGUGGGCAGAAACUGGGGACACCCUCGGCCAGUGAGCCGGACUGUGGCCACGACCCAGGUUCCCAGCUCCAGACCCUAACAGAUAUUUUCUGUGCUGGAUACCAUUCUAGGCGCCAGAGACACAACGGUGAACAAAACGGGCCAAGAUUCCUGCCCACACAGAGCCACAGACUAGUGGGAGGGGAGGGAGACAGACACAAUAAAUAAGUCAGCCAGAUGGUUUGUUAAAAGAUAAAGAGCUGAGGGGGAGCCUGGGUGGCUCAGUCGGUUAGGCGUCUGCCUUUGGCUCAGGCCUUGAUCUCAGGGUCCUGGGAUUGAGCCCCACAUCGGGCUCCCUGCUCUGCAGGAAGCCUG